CAUAAGAAGAGAAAUAAGCUUUCUUGUUGGAUGCGCGGCUCCGGCGUGGCGGGUUUAGGGUUUUAGAUGUCUUCCUCGAUCGCGCUGCUCGGUCCCUGUGGAUUGGUCGCCAGGAGUAGUAACAGCGCAGUGCCUCGCGCCUUGCAAAUCGAUCGCGGAGGCCAGAGAUUGAGAAUGCCGCCAGCGAUCGCUGCUGCGCGGCUAGAUAUUUCGGAGACCAGCGCCAUAGGGACAAAUUUUCCUGAGGCUCUUUCAAGCUUCGUAAGCCCGUCUGAGGGCCUGGAACUCACGGAACUCACUGCGAUCUCGCCUCUAGACGGUCGAUACGCGAACAAAGUGAAGUUUCUAAGAACCAUUUUCAGCGAGUAUGCGCUCAUUCGCUAUCGAGUCAUUGUAGAGGUCCAGUGGCUGCUAAAGCUGUCACAAAUUCCAGAGCUGAAAGAAGUUCCACCUUUUACGGACAACGCAAGGUCGUUUCUACUGGGUGUUCUUGCCGAUUUCAACGUGAACGAUGGAGCUGCUGUGAAGAAUUUCGAGAGAGUGACAAACCACGACGUCAAGGCUAUUGAGUAUUUUCUCAAAGGUAGAAUCAAGGAUCAUCCAGAACUUUCAAAAGUGCUCGAGUUCAUACACUUUGGCUGCACUUCCGAAGACAUAAACAAUUUAGCAUACGCUUUGAUGCUCCUCAAUGGUCGAGAGCAUUUACUGAAGAAAAUGGACGAGGUCAUAUCAGCUAUACGAUCCCUUGCCCAUAAGCACGCGAAUGUGCCAAUGCUUUCACGGACUCAUGGACAGCCAGCGUCACCAAGCACCAUUGGGAAAGAAAUGGCUAACUUCUGCUACAGAAUGGAGCUCCAGCGCAACCAAGUUGCUUCCGUGAGCAUCAAAGGAAAAAUGGCUGGAGCAGUCGGAAACUACAACGCGCAUUGUUUCACGUAUCCGGAAAUCAAGUGGGAAGCUGUCGCUGAGUCUUUUGUCACGUCCUUGGGCGUGGAUUUCAACCCAUACACGACUCAGAUUGAGCCCCAUGACUGUAUAGCCGAGCUCUUCGAUGCUGUGAGGCGAUUCGGAAACAUCCUCGAGGACUUCGACCGCGAUAUGUGGGCUUAUAUCUCGUUGGGGUACUUCAAGCAGAAAGUUGUCCCAGGCGAGGUUGGAUCGUCCACGAUGCCGCAUAAAGUUAAUCCCAUCGACUUCGAGAACAGCGAAGGCAACCUUGGAUUGGCAAAGUCUUGGUUGUCUCACUUGGGCUCCAAGCUUCAAGUCUCCAGAAUGCAGCGGGAUCUCACUGACUCAACUGUUCUUCGUCAAAUCGGCCAAGUUCUCGCGCUGUGCGUGCUUUCGUACGACAGCACGUUGAGAGGAAUAAACAAGCUCGAGGUAGACGAAGCUGCAACACGGCGAGAUCUCGACGCAACGUGGGAGGUUCUCGCGGAACCCAUCCAGAUGAUGAUGCGACGCUACGGCAUCGAGAAGCCUUACGAGAAGCUCAAGGAGUUCACGCGCGGGGCUGCGGUGACCAAAGAGAGCAUGCGCGAGUUUAUAGAGACUCUAGAUCUUCCAGAGGCGGCCAAGGAGCGCUUGAGGCUCUUGACGCCACACACGUACUGCGGCAAAGCCGCGGAGCUUGCUUCUAAUGUUUGACACAAUCAAAUCUUUCACAGUAUACUGUUAA